GCAUUUUCACGAGGGGUCACAGUCAACGGGAGGCCUUUUCGCUCGCCGGUGUGUGUGAGCCAUUGGUGGUGGUGGGUGUGCUGCCAGUAUAUAAACGUGAAGGCAGGCAGUGGGUGGGUUCUUCUUGCAGAGCAGCUGGGGAGAGAGAGAGAAACAGAGGCCUUGCCUGCCUAAUUGCUUGCUCGCCUCUUCCCUCUCCAAAAUGGCUGCUGUUUAGUUGUUGACCUGAGAGGACAGCGAGAGAGAGGAGGUGGUGGUCUGGUGGAUACAUAGAUCAUUUGGAGCUUACUGUCGCCUCGCAAGAAGCCACACUGCACUUUGGAGCUCCUCGUUUGCCGCUGCUGGGUUGGUUCCUUGUCCUCCCUCCCUGCUCCGGAGCUCUGACCGCCGACGCCGAUUCUUGGGAGGUGCCGAGCAAUGGAGGUGGAGGCGCACGAGAAGAAGGGCCACCGGGCCUUCGCCAAGGCAAUCAAGUCCUUCGGCUCGCACAGGCGUUCCAACAGCGAUCUUGACAAGAUGUGUAGCAAAGAUGCGCUCUAUGCUUCAGACAAAACUUUUGGCCAGCCUAAGCAAGCGGAAGAUGUGAAGGCCAAGGUGAAGAGCGAUUUGAGUAAGGAGGUGCAGCCUGCGAGAGGGGCGCAAAGCUCCCUGAGAAAAGAGAUUCUUCAACUAGAAAAGCACCUCAAGGAUCAGCAGGUGGUGCGUGGCGCCCUGGAGAAAGCCAUGGGGCCGGACGCUGCCCCGGUCAACAACCUCUUGCACGAGAUGCCAGUGCCAAAGGCCGCCAACGAGCUGAUCCGGGAGAUCGCCACGCUGGAGCUGGAGGUCAAGAACAUGGAGCAGUACCUGCUCACCCUCUACCGGCAGGCGUUCGAGCAGCAGGCGCCUGCAUUGUCUCCCCCGGAUCGCCGGGAGGCGCUGAAGCCGUCGGUGAGUGCGCGGUGGUCCGGGCAGCUCCGGGAGGCACCCUGUGCCAGGGUCUCUUGCAAGAGCAGAGGUGAUGCUGUGCUCCGGUCCAGCUACCCGCCACCGCCGCCGCCCCGUAAGAAGUGGAAUGAUCCGUUGAUGGACUGCUCUACUUCGGCGUGCUUGGAUAGACUGAAUGACUCCGAUGCGCUCCGCUGCCAGUCUGCGUUGUCGUGCCGUGGCAUCUGUUCGUCCAGGAUAUCGCCGUCGGAGGAGAGUCUUGCCAGGGCCCUUCGCUCGUGCCACUCUCAGCCUUUCUCAUUUUUGGAGGAAGAUGCUGCUGCAGCCGGGGUGAUCAGCUUAGCAGAAUAUCUGGGCACAAAUGUAGCUGACCACAUCCCCGAGACUCCAAACAACCUCUCCGAGGAGAUGGUGAGAUGCAUGGCUGGGGUAUACUGCAAACUCGCAGAUCCUCCGUUGGUUCACCACGGCUCCUCGUCUUCUCCGACAUCAUCGUUCUCUUCAACAAGCGCAAUUUCUCCACAGUAUGUGGGGGACAUGUGGAGCCCCAAUUACAAGCGAGAGACGACGCUGGACUCCCGGUUGAUAAACCCGUUCCAUGUCGAGGGGUUGAAGGAGUUCAGUGGGCCAUACAACACAAUGGUUGAGAUUCCAGCCAUUUGCCGCGAUAAUCGCAGGCUAAGAGAUGUUGAGGAUCUUCUCCAGACUUACAAGUUGAUACUGUACCGGUUGGAAACCGUUGAUCUGAGAAGGAUGACAAACGAAGAGAAGAUCGCGUUUUGGGUCAACAUACACAACGCACUGCUGAUGCAUGCUUAUCUCAGGUACGGCGUCCCACAGAACAAUCUGAAGAAGUCAUCAAUACUUGUUAAGGCCGUCUGCAAAAUCGCGGGACGCAACAUCAAUGUAGCUCUGAUCCAGAACCUGGUUCUUGGAUGCAACACACAUUGUCCCGGACAGUGGCUACGUACUUUGCUUUACCCAAGGAUGAAAAGCAAAGCGAGCAAAGCAGGGCAUGAGUGGCAAGCCUUUGCUGUUGCGCAAUCGGAGCCUCUUUUACGCUUUGCGCUUUGCUCCGGCAGCCAUUCUGAUCCCGCGGUGAGGGUGUACACCCCAAAGAGGCUGUUCCAGCAGCUGGAGGCCGCCAAGGGGGAGUUCAUCCGGGCAACGGUCGGCGUGUGGAGGGAGCAGAAGAUACUGCUGCCGAAGCUCGUGGAGGCGUACGCCAAGGACGUCAAGCUCUCGUCGCAGGGCCUCGUCGACAUGGUCCAGCGGUACCUCCCGGAGAGCCUGAGGAUGGCGAUGCAGAGGUGCCAGCAGCAGGGCAGCCGGUCGAGCAAGAUCAUCGAGUGGGUGCCUUACAACCUCAACUUCCGGUACCUGAUCGCCAGGGACCUCGCGUUUCCUCACCUGAGCUGACCUUGUGCUGCUGACCUUGUGAGAUGGACUGACCAAGUAUAUGGUGUAUGAUAGGUUUAUUAGGUCCAGUGGCGAGUCGUGCAUUUUGGUUGGCGGUGUAAAUUUUUGUGUAGAUGAAAGAAAAAUAGGGGAAGAAAUUGAGAAGCAAA